AGCCUCGCUCAGGCUCUCCUUCGCGUAUUCACGGAGCAGCGGGCAACUCGUUGAGAGUAGGCUGAAGGAAAACUUCCUGCAACUCUGCUGAAGUUUAACAGCAACGCGCACAAUGGCCAGUCUUACGUACCUUAGUGGCUUUGGGAAUGAGUUUGCCUCUGAAGACCCUCGUUGUCCUGGAGCUCUACCUGAAGGCCAGAACAACCCCCAGGUGUGUCCUUACGGGCUCUAUGCUGAGCAGCUCUCAGGCUCGGCAUUCACCUGCCCGCGGUCCUCCAACAAGAGAAGUUGGUUGUAUCGUAUCCUGCCAUCUGUUCGGCACAAGCCCUUUACAGCGAUGAAGUGUGAGGACCUAACCGAGAGCUGGAAUGAGGUUGACCCUGACCCCAAUCAGUUGCGGUGGUUGCCCUUUAUCAUUCCCAAAGCCUCAGAAAAGAAGGUGGACUUUGUGGCGGGUCUGCACACCUUGUGUGGAGCAGGUGACUCCAAAUCCCGAAAUGGAAUCGGCAUUCAUGUGUACGCCUGCAAUACGUCCAUGACUGACAGCUGCUUCCAGAAUUCAGAUGGAGACUUUCUGAUCGUGCCCCAGCAAGGUGAAGUCCUCAUCACAACAGAGUUUGGGAAGAUGACAGUUGAGCCCAAUGAGAUUUGUGUUAUCCAGCAAGGGAUGCGGUUCGCUGUCAAUGUGUUCGGAGAAACCAGAGGGUACAUCCUGGAGGUCUAUGGUGCCCACUUUGAGCUCCCGGAUCUGGGGCCAAUAGGGGCCAACGGCUUGGCCAAUCCCAGAGACUUCUUAACUCCUGUGGCCUGGUACGAGGACCGCAGAGUCGAGGGAUACACCAUCAUCAACAAGUAUCAAGGGAAGCUCUUCUCUUGUCAGCAGGACUUCUCUCCCUUCAAUGUGGUGGCAUGGCAUGGAAACUACACUCCCUACAAAUACAACCUGGAGAAUUUCAUGGUCAUUAACUGUGUGGCCUUCGAUCAUGCCGACCCAUCUAUUUUCACUGUGCUGACCGCCAAGUCUACCCGUCCAGGGGUUGCCAUUGCCGACUUUGUGAUCUUCCCUCCUCGCUGGGGUGUGGCUGACCACACCUUCCGUCCCCCGUACUACCACCGGAACUGCAUGAGUGAGUUCAUGGGCCUGAUUAAGGGUCACUACGAGGCGAAGGAGGAAGGCUUCCAGCCAGGAGGGGGCAGUCUCCACAGCAUCAUGACCCCACACGGGCCAGACGAGGACUGCUUUGAGAAGAACAGCACAACUGUGCUCAAACCAGAGAGGGUUGCUGAGGGAACUAUGGCCUUCAUGUUUGAAUCAUCAUUCAGCAUGGCGGUCACCAAGUGGGGACUCCAGACAUGCCAGCGUCUAGACAAAAACUACUACAAAUGCUGGGAACCCCUCAAGAGCCACUUCAAUCCCAACUGGAGACCCACUAGCAAGUAGAGAAACAAGCGAACAAGGAGAGGGUUCAUACAACGCUGGUUUGAAAAGAGGAAAAACAAGGAGUGUGCAACAGGAAGAAGCAGAUUUGUUUGAUCAGUCACUCCUGUUUUUGCCUCAGCUGCAUCUGAUUGUUUGAAGUAAAAAAAGAAUAAAAGCAUGCUUUAUCUGACCAUAAA